GUCUCCCGGCUGCCUCAUUGGUACACACAUACACACCAGCCGAGAUGUCAACAACGUUGCACACACAGUGAACAAUGAUCACUACAGAUGGAACGAGAGAUUUCCAAGUCAAAGAGCGAAAAUACAAAGAACAACUGAGAAGAUGUUUGUCAUCAGCCUUGGCUGCAGACUUAAACAGAUUGCUGCAAGAGGAGCAGGAGGCUGACGUGUGCCUGUGCAUUGGUUCUGAGUCAGUCCGUGCACACAGAGCCGUCCUGUUGGCCAGAGCUCCUCAUGUCCUGGAGGGAGAGACCAAGAAGGACCCUGGCAAUAUCAAUGUCGGCGACGUCAAUGUUCAUGUCAGUGAUGUCUCUGAACUCAGAGCAUUUAUCAGGCAAGUGUACACAGCGGACCAGAGGAUGUGUUCAACUUCAGCUUCUAAUGAGGACAGCUCUGAGCCAGGUUUAACCUCUGCCAUUUUGGAUAAUUCGUGUGUACCAUCUUCAAAAGGAGUACCUGAACCUGCAUCUGGACUUGGAGCUGACCUGCUGGCUUUGUACAAGAAAGGAGAGCUGUGUGACAUCACUGUCCAUGUAGCUGAUCAGGUCUUUUCCUGCCACAGGGCAAUUCUCUGCGCACGGUCUCAGUACUUCUGCGCCAUGCUGUGCGGCAGUUGGAUGGAGAGCUCCAGACUGGGAAUCACUCUGCAAGGUUUAGGUCCAGAGGAGAUGGAGAUUCUGCUGGAAUUCAUGUAUGGGGCCAUUGUAGACCUACCUAGAGGGGCAAAUGUCAGUCAAGUAUGGCUAGCUGCAGAUAUGCUAGGUUUGGAGGGCCUGAAAGAUGUUGUGGAGAUGGUUCUCAACAGAGAGUACUGCCGCUUCUUCCCGAAGACAGUUGACGGAGUCCAGAAAACUAUCCUGGAAUGCUUGUCCCUCACUCAUGCAUUAGGCCUUAAAAACCUUAAAAUGCUUUGUCGGAGGUGGGUUGCUGAGCAUUUUGUAAAAACUUGGUGUGAGAGGAACUUCUCUCUCUUGUCCCCGGAGCUCCACAGAGAGUGUCUAGCUGCAGUCACAGAGACUAUGACUGUGCAGAAUGCAGUUACCACGCUCUGUGGCAGCGAGCAAUUAAUUGGCAGUUUGCCCGAGGUCAAGUGGGCUCAACAGGUCAAAGGGCUGGCGCUGGAACUGCAGGAGGAGAGUUUGCAGCUUGUCGUCAACAACCUCCCCCGUGUCAUCUACACUCAGGCCUUCCAGGAGCUUCGUAGGCGAGAAGAAUUCACCAGAGAGCCCACCUUGUUGAAGAAGCUGUGUUCAGCUGUCAAAGAACGUGUGUCUGUUGACAACUGCUGUGACCUUUUUGCUGCUGUAUACAUCCUUUGUGGGGACAACGGGGAAGUGGAGUUCCACCUGGAGCAGAAACAAGAAGAGCCUUUUAGGCAGGAGCUGUGUGCACUACGCGGGCGACUCUGGACCUUCCUGCUUCAGACCUUUUAUGCAGUCCGCCACACAGAAGGAUGGGAGAACUUGCCAUCCAAACACAGAGAACGAAUACUAGCAGAUGCUAUUGAUACCGGAGAUAAUCGAAGACUUGGUAAAAAGCCUGUAUUUUCCAGCUCACAGACUCCAAAAUGCACUCUAUCUGCACCUGAGAGCCCACCAGUGCUCCGUACGCAAAGAUUCUCCGAACGAACCGGCCUCAAAUCCCUCAGCUCUGCAUCGGCCAUGAAGUCUGAUAGUUUGGGAGCAGCUACCAAACCCGGGGACAAUCAAACCUCGAAGCCAAAAAGCGUAAAAAAGCUUGGAGAGCGAAGUGUUCCUGCGAAGGCAAAGACAAGUGGACCACCAGUUGUAAAUGGAACAAGCUCCAGACGGGAAGCAUCCAGUGCCAAUGGAUUACGAAGUUCACAUGGAGCUAAAGAAGUGGAAAAGAAGUCAAGUUCUGGUGCGAGACCUAAGACCUCUCCUCCGAGCUGCACAUCUGCAAGUCAGAAAACCCAAAAGGGCUCGAUUGCGAGGGCUGACAGCAGUGCUGGCACCAGCCGAACUGUGCCCAGUGUUUCAUCCACAUCAGAGAGUGCCUCGCCUGAGAACGGUGCCAGCAGCUCUCGGAACGACGGCCUCACCCUUCUAGGAGCUAAGCCAAAGCAGGCUAAAGUGGCGAGCAAAUCUCCACUGACAAAACCUCUGCAGAACACAGAUUCAACAAAGAGCAGCAGUUCCACCUCUAAGUUGAGUUCAAGAGAUGUGGCUAAAGUCAAGUCGGGUGCAGCAUCAUCAGCUCGGGUGGACACAAAGGCUAGAGGAACUGCAGACAGCCAAGCCUCAAGGCCUGGAUCCUCUUUGAAGAAGCCAGCUUCACCAAGCAAGGAUAGUUCAAAGUCCUCUACAACAGAUAAAACCAUCAUGGAAAGUUCUAAGAAGAAAACAAAGCCACUGUCUGCCAGUGGGGUGUCCACCAAACCUCCCAAAUCCUCUCCAGCUCCUUCAAAACCAUCUCCAGCAGUGGCUACCAAGUCCGGGCCAAGGCCAAAAAAUAGCCGUGAAUUAUCCACAGAGAAGGCUCCGCAAAAAGUUGGAGGAGCUCCCAAAGGUUCAAUGUCUGCGGCAUUGAAGAAUGCAGGACUGAAAGGAAAAGAUGCUCCCAGCGUUAAAAGUGAAGACUCUAAGAUUGAAUGUGCUGAAGCUAAACAUUCUCUGAAGGUUGUAGAGCGAGCUCCUUCUGCCCCAACAGAUCCAAGACAGGACAACCUCGAAGAAACAAGUGUUAAGAAGAGACCUGAAGAGACUGAAAGAAGCACGACUCAGGAUUUAGGAGAUGAAGAUUUCACUCCAGUGGUUGAUGACGUCAGUGAUAAAUCCUAUGAUCACAAGGCUAAACAGUCAGAAGAAAACACAGAGAAAGAGACUCCCAGUGCCGUCCUCCCUGCUCAUGUGACUGCUCCCCAAAUUCCCAUCAUCAGUUCUCCAAACUCCCUUAAAGACUCAGAUCGGCCCAUCGACACUCCAUGUAGUGUAGAAAGCAGUGGAACACCUCUGGAAGACUCGUGGACAGGCACACAACAUCAGAUCAGCCCUGAAUCCGAGACGGCGAGCACACAUACUACCUCCUCUGACGACAUCAAGCCUCGCUCUGAGGACUACGAUGCCGGUGGGUCACAGGACGACGACUUCUCCACUGACAGAGGCGUUUCCAAGUGCGGCACCAUGCGUUGUCAUGACUUCCUGGGGCGAAGUAGCAGUGACACAAGCACUCCUGAAGAGCUCAAGAUGUAUGAAGGCGCCGCUGGAUUGAAAGUGGAAGUGCGUAUGCGUGGUCGGGAUGUGGAGACCACCAGUGACGAAGAAGGAGUGAGAAGAAGGCCUCGCUCUUGGUAUCAAAGAGAUGACACUCAUCUUCAAGAAGGCCACGUGGAACUUCAGCAGCCAGUGGCUGUUAACAGUGUCCAUGAGCAACAUAUCUCGUCCGAUGAUGAAGAAGAAGAGGAGACUGAAGAAGAGAGGUCAGAAGUUGAGGUGGUCCCAGGUCGAGGCCCUGCUCAUCCAACCGAGCCUUCACCACAGUUCCAGGGUAUUAUCAACUUAGCAUUUGAUGAUGACACAGCAGACCAGGAGAACGAGGCUAAGGAGUUUCAGUCUGCACAAACCUUCCGACGCUCAGUGCUGCUCUCUGUGGAUGAAUGUGAGGAGUUGGGAUCCGAAGAAGGAGGCACCCAGACUCCGCCUGAACGGGAAACCCCCACUCCUUGUGAUGUCUUCGACUCUAACCCUACAGCACUCGGGUCAGAUGUUACUCAUUCAGUUGUUCCACAAAUUCCGUCCCCUCUUCAGAGUGAAGGCACAGAUGAGAAGCAGCAGGAGGAGCAAAUCGAGGACUCGUCAGUCUUCCUCACAGAGGUGGAGAACAACCAUGUUGAGGAGCUGAACAGUGGAGUGCUUGAAACCACCAAUCUUCCUCCACAGGAGCGACCUAGUCACCUAGAUCUGCAGCACACAGAGCAGUACAGCAGCAGAGGACUACACAAAGGUCACCUCCCAGAAAACAAGAAAGCCGAUUUACAUCUUGACUUAAAAGAAGCCGAGCUGGCAGGAGAAUCUCCUGUUAAUUCUGCACAGUCCCUAACAGGGGACAUGGGUUGUGAGAGACUGGAUCAAACCGGCAAACUUGACCGCACACCAUCCAAAGCCCUCUCUCCCAUUUACGAGUUGGACGUGGCAGAGGUGUUUGACAAGGACACUGCUGGUAGUCAGCAGGAUGAGAAGCUGAGAGACGAUGAUGAUGAUGAGAAAAGCAGCGAGUUUGCUGAGCGGGACUGGAGCUUGCUCAGGCAACUUCUCUCCGACCACGAGUCCAAUCUGGGAGUUAUAAACCCUGUUCCUGAAGAGCUCAACCUGGCCCAGUACCUCAUCAAGCAAACUCUGUCCCUGUCGCGCGAAUGUGUCGACUCUCAGGCCUUCCUGUCACCGGAGAAGGAGAGUUUUAAACGGUGGGCGGAGCUCAUCUCACCCAUGGAGGACUCUUCCACCAGCAUCACUGUGACCAGCUUCUCUCCUGAAGAUGCUGCCUCCCCACAGGGAGAAUGGACUAUCGUGGAACUUGAGACUCACCAUUGACAAACACGCUUCUCAAGGGACUUGAAACAUCUUCCGUAAUUUAUGAAAAACUCAUAGCAAUUUCUACAACUUCUUUGCAUUCCUUUUCCAGUGGCCCUCAGUGGCUAGUUUGCCCUUGGAGUCCAUGCAUGCUGAUGAUUUCAUGUUUUAUUGGGUCAAUGUUGCUUCAGUACACUGAAAUAAUAUCAGAUAUGAAUAUUGCUGAGCUUUGUCUCAUGUCAGUCUUAAAAAAAAAAAAGACUUGAAUGGCUUUUCAGAAAAGAAAUAUCACUGCC